UCGUCAAAUUUGUAUGUUUCUUUUACUUAUUUGUUGGGAAAUUUCGGUCUGUAAUUGACAGGCGAUACAAAUGUAUGUUGUUGUGCAUGAGAUUUUUUCAUAUUGCAAGGACAUAAUAUUGAUAUUGGAGAAUGUAAAUUCGUGUGAAAUAUCAUGUAGCCGUUUUUUCUAAUCUUAGCUUAUCCACAGACAGAAAGAAAAUGUCAGUAGUAGGGAAUGCAAUUUACCCACAUCCUAGAAGCACUUCGAAAUUAUCAACACGAAUAGAUGCAGAUGGGAAAGAAGUUGAGGUUGAAGUGCGAGAAGAUGAAGAACAGAAAAUCAAAUUACAAGAAAUUGUGGACCUGCUUGUGGCUGCAGGUUAUUUCAGAGCUCGUAUCAAGGGCCUUUCAUCAUUUGACAAGGUAGUUGGAGGAAUGACAUGGUGCAUUGAGACUUGCAAUUUUGAUGUCGACGUGGACCUUCUCUUCCAGGAAAAUCUCACAAUUGGACAGAAAAUUGCACUUACGGAAAAAAUAGUAGCUGUGUUACCUGAAAUGAAGUGCCCCCACCGCAUUGAGCCACAUCAAAUACAGGGUCUUGAUUUCAUUCAUAUAUUUCCAGUUAUACAAUGGCUUGUAAAAAGAUCAAUGGAGACCAGAGAAGAGAUGGGGCAGUUCGUUCAGUCGUUUGCCAUUACCCAGUUUCAUAAAUUGUGUCCACUGCCUGAAGAGCAAAGAGUUUUGACACAGCAAGAAAAUAUUCUGAGAAACAUACGUACCAUUAAGGAGGUUUAUCGACCACAUCGUCAUUUUCGCCGGAAGGAUUGUCCACCUGUAGAAGAAGAGUCACGUGUUCAGAGUACUCUGCUAGAAUAUGGAGGGACAAAUGAGGAGAAUAAUCAACAGAUGUCAGCAGAUGUACAGGAGACUCAAAGGCUGGAGGAGUUAGAUUUAUGUUUCAGUAACAGUAAUCACUGUUUCGUGCAUGUUUCACAGCAACGAAUAGAGACCCUGAUGAAGAACAUGGCACAUGUUGGAGAACAGGAGGGUCGUCUGACUGCAGGUGUUGUUGGUAAUAUAGUCAACUUACAAGCACAAGAAAUUGCACGAGCUGCUGAGCGGUAUGCGGAAUUGCAAUCUGAGGAAAAGUUUGCGGCUUCUGCCUCUAGUCAAACAAGAGCCCUAGUAACCAUAGAGAAGCAGAAGGCAGUUCUCGGAGUUAAAGAGUUGAAGCUGAUGAAAGAGAAAACACGUUUGGAGACGGCAGUUGAAGAGGAAUCCUUGUUGUUGCAGCAGGCACAGGAGGCUCAUGAAAAAGUGGAUAAGGCACUUAAAUACAUGGAGUCAUUGGAGACUGAGGAAAAUAAAGGGAUAUUGCAGAAAUUACAGUCGCUUGUAAUACUGAAUGAGAGCCUAAAGCAACAGGCUAUUGAGUUCAGAGAGCAAUGUAAAUUGGAACUCAGAAACCUGCAGAAAAUGGUCAAAGAUGCAGAGGAAAGUGCCACCCCAGAUAAUGACAGUGAUCAGGUGACAUUGCAGUUUGAAGAGGAGCGAGAACGUGUUCAAAAACUCCGUCUUCUCUUGGCUAAACGUACCCGAUCCAUUGCCGCACUGCAGAGACAGUUGGAUGAGGUGCCGGGACGUGCCGAACUGGCACAGUAUCAACGCCGAUUUUUAGAACUUUAUAAUCAGGUGGCAGCCAAACACAAGGAGACAAAACAGUUUUAUACUUUGUAUAACACAUUAGACGAUAAGAAGUUAUAUUUAAGCAAAGAAUUAACUUUGCUGAACUCCAUCUUGGACAACUACACAGAGGCCAUGUCUUCAACAAGUGGUAAAGAGCAGUUUAUGAAGCAGUUUGACGCCAUUGUUGAGGGCAUCAAGCAAAACAAAGUAAAGGUGGAAUGUAGACGCAGUGAGGAACGUCAGCGUCGGGACAAGUUAAGUCAGCAGCUGUUAGGUCUGGUAGAGCAGCAGCGUCGGUACGUAGCUGCCGUGAGGCAGCUAACCAUCGAGUGCCGUCAUAAUGAAGCACUACUAGCCCAGCUUCGAGGAACAUAAUUUCUACCAGUACAUUGUCAUAAAUACUGCUCCAAUAAUGGAAAUAUACUCUCUAAAGAACAAAAAUGCCAUUCUCAAUACACAGGUAAUUUUUUUUUAAGUGUAAUAGGUUUGUAAGAAUUUUGGUUGGAAGUACAAAUGUAGAUUGUGAUUUUCUGCGUUGUGCAAUGUAUUAUUUCGGCCAACGUUUCAGAGGAACAUACUGCCUCCGUCACAGCCAAAAAGAUUAUGAAUAGUUCAGCAGCUUAUGUAAGGUCGACUGUAUGUGUAUGCAUAUUUUGUAUUUGUGCAGAAAAUGGGGUAUAAUCUGCAAUGUUGUUAUUACUACAAAUAUAUUUGCAUAAUAAAUGUAUUUUACAUUAAAAUCACUGAUAGCAGUACCAUUUGUAUAGGCUGUCAACUAUUGCUA